AUGCGGCUUCAGGACUCUUCUGUAUCAACCUCAACUUCAAGUGAAACACGAUCUCAUCCAAUAAACGAUGUUGCAAAAACUGGCCCUUCGGUCUUGGAGUCUUCAGACAGUUCAAAGUUUAAUGUCUGUAGGAGAAGCACAUUCUUUAAAAAUAGAAAAGAUUUUAUUCAAGGGAAAGUCGAAGUACCAAGAGAUACUAGUUUUCUAGGUACGUACACUUUCCUGUGCCAACAAAUAUUCUCUGUUAAGGUUGAUGUUCUUAGUGACCAGGAACUGAUUUUUGUUUUUGCUACCAACAGUCAUCGAAAAUACGGGAAAGCGCUUGUUCUUGACGGUAUCGUGCAAUUGACGGAGAAAUACGAAUGCGCUUAUCAGGAGAUGAUAUCCCACCUUCCACUUUGUUCCAUUCCAUCGCCAAAAAAUUUUUUGGUUAUUGGUGGCGGAGAUGGUGGUGUUCUAAGAGAGAUAUCUCGCCACAAAUCCGUAGAGCAUAUUGACAUCUGUGAGAUAGAUGAUAUGGUUAUAGAA